CGCCGCCGUGGAAACGCGUUGCCGGGGAAACGCACGCGCUGCGAAGAGGAAGGGGAAGAGGAAGAGAAGGACUGGUUUUGCCGCCUAGCUGACGUUCGCUUGCUUUUUUUUCUUUUAGACAUAUAAAUAACCUCUCUGAAAACUCAUUAUAGUACACUAUAGCGUGCUUUAUGCUCUCGCGCCAUUCACACCAACCUGAACGUAAUGGAGGCUGAGAAGGACAGGAUAAAGGAGCAGCUGAGGCUCCAGUUUCAGACCCUGCAGGAACAGCAGGUGCAGCGUCUUCAUGAGCGGCUGGAGAAAAAGAAACAGAUCUCUUUUGAGAAGGACGAGAUGAGCUCGAACGGCCAGGAGAGUCUGGACCUGUUUGGGGACGAGGAGGACAAGGGGGACUCCUUGCUGGUGCGGUCUACCUCCAGCUCCAGACUGCUGAAGAAGGAGAACGAUCAGCUCCAGGAGCGGGUCAGGGAGCUGCGGGAUGAGAACGGACGACUCCAUAAACUCCUGAGUGAGAAGGAGUUUGAGAUCAAGUACCUGAAGAAGAAGAGGGAGGAGGACAGGAUGGCUUUAGUGGGCACAGUAGGACUGGCAGGAGAUGCGGCAGCAACCAAGAUCGUGGAGCUUUCGAAGAAGAACCGUGAACUCUCAGCAGAGAUGGAGAGAGAGAAAGCCAAGAGCAAACAGCUGAACAACAGAGUGAGAGAGCUAGAGAGAGAGCGGCAAGAUACAGCAGUAUUCAGUAAUGGAGUGAAAGCAGACCACAAAUUGGGCCUGAGGAGCUCACAGCAAGAGGCUACUCCGCUGGUGAAGUCUCUACAGGAGAAACUGAACACGGCCCAGUUUAAAAUGAGUGAAUACCGAAACCAGAUCCAGGCUCUCAGACAGGAGCUGAAGGUCGCACAGAAGGUUCUGAGCAGUGAGGUCGGGGAGGACGUGUGUAUUCAGCAGAUCCUCGGUAAUCCAGGAAGCUGGAGAGGACGAGCGCAGCAGAUUCUGGCCCUGCAGAGCCGAGUGAGGGAUCUGGAACAGCAGCUGAGCUCGGCAUCCAACAGGAAGCAGCCAGGAGAAUUCAGCCCGGAGCAGUGCAACCUGGGAAAGGGAGUCCGCCAGAGGAACCAGGACAAGAACCAGAGCUAUAUCCGCACCCUGGAGAGAGACAGGAAGGAGGCGCUGGAGAAGCUGAGUGUGGAGUAUGAGCUCAUACUUAGUGAACACGCUGAGGUGAAGAAGAAGCUGGAGAGCAGCAAAGCAAGGAAUCACAUCCUGACUGCCGAGCUGAAAACCCUCAAAAGUCAACUGUCCACACUGACCGAGAAGGGUCGUCAUGACAACGAGCUCAUCGACGCAAUGCUGCAGGACAGGGUGGUAGUACAGGUGGAGCUGGACCUGAUGUACCACCAUAAUCAUAUGCUGUGUCCCCAAUCAGACCAGACCUGCUACAAUUCCCUUCCCAAUUCCCUUCCAGUGCCAGAACCAUUUGGGAACCCUGAGAAGCAGCAGGCUCACCUGCAGGCUGUGUUGAGUCAUCUGGGUCAGAAAGAGGGGCCGCGCGAAGAUACAGAGCAGAAGCGGGACCUACAGGAGGCUCAGAGACACAAUGACCUGAUAGCACAACUCAAACUGAUGGUGAAGGAGAGAGAGGAGAAAGUUCAGGAGCUCGAGCAGGAGAUCCAGCAGCUCACACUCACCAAACAGGAGGCAGGAGAUACAAAGGUGAACAUUAGCCACGCCGACCUGAUGGUUAAUGAGGAAGGAGACAGGAGGUCCAGCUCUGCCAGGUCAGUCUCAAAACUGGGACACAGACUUGUUGAGUCAGCUCUGACACUGUCUCCUGGAAACACCACUGAUCUCAGAGAGCAGUCGGAGGCAGCAUGCUCUGCGUGUGCCGCUCUGCAGGUGCAGUGUUCGGAGUUUAAAGCUCUGUGUCAGGCGGCUACCGUGGAGAGAGACCGACUGCUGGAGCUCACUAAAGUUCAACAGAGGAGAGAAGUAGAGGAGAUUCAGAAGUGUGCAGAGGCCGAGCAGAAGCUUCGGGAUGAGCGGCGCCGCUGUGUAGUUCUGGAGCAGCAGCUGCAGAGACUGAAGCUAGACCCUGAAAAAGCACAAAGAGUCAGUCGCAGCAUGACAGGUAGCUUAAAUGUACCUGAGAAACAGGAGGGUCUUUCACCCCGAAGAGCUGUGGAGUCAAUGCAUGACGCUCAGAUCAGUGAACUCAGUACACGAGUUGCUACCCAGAAGGAGGAGCUGGAGGGUCUGAGGUCAUCUUUGAAACAAGUCAUGCAGGCUAAAGAGGAAGACCUGCAGCUCUACAGCACCAUGAUCAGCCAGGUCAAGCAAGUCUUCCUUCAGGCUCUCCGGCAGCACAAACAGAGCUCAAAUCAGGAACUGUAGCACAGGAGUCUACCUAUCCAUCAGAUCUGAACUCCUGGAGACUCAGAGCAUCUAGGCUACAAAUCCUAGCAGUCUAUAUGAGAUUUUACUUUCCAUGGCCAGGAUUUUAGCAUCUAGGCUCCAAAUAUUAGAAAUUUGUCCUGGAUGUUAGCAUAGAUGCUCUAGAUCGUGUUGUGGAAAACAAUCUUUCCAGCCUAAGUCAAAAAACUUCAGAGACAGAGAGUUAGUAGAUGUCAAAAAGUAGAUAAACUUUAUAGAAACAAUAAUGUGAGACAGUCUGCAGAAAGUCCAAAUUAUGCAAACACACACAGCCCUUUUUCUACCUUUCUAUACAUUUCUUCAGAGUGAAAGGUACUCUUCUCAUCUUAGGUGGGGUUUUGCCUUUCCUCAUUAAAUCAGACCAAUCUUCUUUGCCACAAUUAAAUAUUCAUGUCUGUGUGUUAUCUUAAAUUUGUGGAGCAUGCGCAGUUAGUUGUUUUUCUUCAUAAGGUUUCAUGAGGACAUGGUUUCUUCUUUUUUUUAAAAAGGUUUCACUCAGGCUGAGUCCUGACCUUGAUCCACACUCGCCUUUUUUUAAGUCUUAUCCUAACGUGUGAGUUGGUAUCUGCCUCAAAGUUAUCUGCUUCUGUGGAGGAAGAUACAGGCUGGUACAGAAAGAACAAUUAUUGUGUUAUUGUUCAGUAAAACACAGAAUUCAUCUAACUCAGUCCACACUCAGAAUAUAACUUGAUCAAACAUUGUUCUAUGGAUUCAGGUCUUGCUUCUAACUAUUGAUUAUACAUAUAGAUUAUGCUUUUUAACUCCUAUUGAUUAUUCGAUUAUGCUUAUGUAAUAAUUCUAAAUGUUGGUUAUACAUAUUGAAUACACUUCAUUAACAUAUCCAAAUGUUAGUUACACAUAUUGAUUAUACUUCAUAAAUAUUUUCUAUAAUCGUAGCCCUGUAUCUUUGCCCAGUAGAUUUUACCCCAUGUAACAAAAAUAUGAGCCUCUUAGUCUCAGAUCUGAAGUUUCUGGGCUCCAAAUUGUAGUGUUCAUAUCCCAGACCCUAGUCACAACGGCAUAAUUUCCAAAUCCUAACCUCUAAGAUCUAAAGCUUUGCCUCAAGACUUGAGAUCUUGGCCACAGACCUUAGCUUCUAGCCCCAAAACUUUAGCAUUCACUUCCAGGCCCAACAUUCUGGCCUCCAUAUAUCAGAUGUUAGUCUUCAAGCUCAAGAUCAUAGUAUCUACAGACCCCAUGUUAUCGUACUCCAUGUUAUCUUAGCUACUAUAUCCUAGAUUUUAAGCUCAGUCCUGGAUUUUAGCGUCCUUAUAAUUUUCUAUUAGAUCUUAGUCUCCAGACCCCUAAUCUUUAUCCUCAGGCCAUAUGUUGUAGAUUCCAUUUCCCAGAUGUUAACCUCCACACUGCAUGGCUACCAGAUCCUAGAUUUCUUCAUCUUCUAGUCUCCAGAUCGUGGCCUCCUCUGUGUCUAACCUAGAGGUCCCAAAUCUUACAACAAGUUAGUGGACUUCCAUCUUUCUGCGUAUUGAAACUGAAGCUCCUAAUAGAUCCUGCGCUGAUGUUAAUGACACUGUGCUAAUCCCGGUGAAAUAACUGAUCGGAUACGGACAAGGCAGAGAUAAGAUGUCAGUAUGGCCGGCGUUAUGAGCCGAUAAGAACUGUGGGGAAACCGGACAGCUUUGUUUUAAUUACCUUCACCAGCAGUUAGGCUUGGAAGGCUAAAAAGACGCUUGUUUGUUUCUCCUGAGCCUCUGCUAACUGAAAUAAAAAUAAAAAUAAUUCUUUUAAAGUGUAAUACUGUGGCAGCUUUUUGGUUACUCAGUAGAUCCCACUUG